AUGGAAGGAUAUUUUAUGAAGCACAAUGGAUUUGGCAUGGCACGGAACGUAUUGCGAGGACGAGCCGGCGACCUUGGAGGAAGCCCCUCGCGGCCCACGGGAGGACACCUUCGGCCGACUCUUCUUGGGGGCGGGCACGGCGGCAGGGGCGGGCGCCAGGGCAGGGACGGGGGCCGGGGCGGGAGCCAGGGAGGCGGGAGGAGGCGGUGCGAGGCCCGCCCACCGCCGCUUGGCCCCGACGUGGGUCGCCGCCACCACGUCGGCCACGGUCGGUGCAGGCCGGGGGCGGGGGCAGGGGCGGGCGGGGCGGGCGCGGCGACGGGCGAGGCAGGCGGGGCGGCGGGCGGGGGCGCGGCGACGGGGGAGGCCUCCCUGGCGGCGAGGCGGCGGGAGGAGGCGGCGGCAGGAGCCGGGAGGCGGGAUGAAAUCCCUCCCGCGCGAGGGUGGAACAGGAGUGCGGCCUCGCGUCUCACCAGAUCCCUUGGACGCCGCACAUCCAAUCGUCUCCUCCGGAUUCCGCACGCCUCCGCCAAACCCCAGAGGCGAGUCCGGCGUCGAGGACCCCACCCGGUCCUGGUCCGGAGCGGCGGACAAGGGGAGCAAGGGAACGACCUACUCUACUCCCCAUCGGCAUCGGUGCCUAAGGCGCAUCGGAGGGAAGCGAGCCUUUUUGUCGAGCCAUCUCCUCUCGUUUCCUGCGAUUCAGAUGAAGAAUUCUUCACACAUACCUGUGGUCCCGCCCCAAACAUUGGUCUUGGUGUGCCUGUGCUUGAUGUAGACAGUAGACUGGUUGGUUUUUCUGCUUCCAACAUGCAAGGGCCAACUAAGUUUCUACCCAGGAUCACUUUCGAAAAAGAGUUGAACAAGAUUGUAAAUUCCAAGGACCUCAAGCAUUUUAAGCACCUCAUCUAUAUGGCUGGUACGGACAUGGUCGGAGAUGUGAGAUAACGCUGGAGUUAUCGUCGGUCCCAGGGGUGAGAUGACAUGUGGCCCAUGAUCGCCAGCAAUGCAAAUGCCAUCGUCUGAGAGCUUUGUUCCAAGUUGUAGUCAAGACUGUAUAAUAUGAUGUCAGUGUGUGUGCCAUGGAAACUGUGGAUCAGGAUCGCCAGCAACGCAAAUGCCAUCGUCUGAGAGCUUUGUUCCAAGUUGUAGUCAAGACUGCUAUAAUAUGAUGUCAGUGUGUGUGCCAUGAAAACUGUGGAUCUUUCUGUUGCUCCAUUUUGGUUUGGCACAGAUUUUCGGUGAACUGAAGUUGCGUACAUGUGUUGCCAGUGACAUUGUGACUUGGUGUUGGUCCUUUGGGCAUCCCAUCUUUGUAUUUAUCUAUGUCUGCCUUCCAAAAUUUCCAUGCCUUGUGAAAUUCGUCCUGAGAUGUUGGCCAUGUCCUGUCUCAGUGCUCUUAACCCCCGUCUUGCUCUUGCAUGGUUUUAUUUUGUGAAUGGUUCUUAUGUAUUCAUGUUGCCAUUACAAUGUAACAGUUUCAGUCUUA